CUGCCUAAAAAGCGCGCCUCUGCGCAAAGUGCGUAACCCGCUUGGUGAAUCGCCCGUUUGCGGCGGCCACGCUGCCUGGCAGCUCCUCUGCUCUGCCGGGGAUUUCCAAAGCCGGAGGAAGUUCGAAGCAAAGGGGCUUUCCAGCCGCACAGAGCCGGAGCGCCAGUGUGUCGCGCAAGCUCGGUGUACCAGUAUGAGGGGUUUUUUUUGUUUACGCGAGCAGCACGUCCGCAGAAAGCCAUGAAGCGGCCGACUGAGUGAACAAGGUGCGUUUCGGACCUGGAGGCCGCACGCCCGAUUCUGUGACAUGUCAGGUCGAAAUGUGGAAGUGCCUCAGGAACUGCAGAUUCCCGUACAACAGAGAUCGUCCCCAAGUCAACCCUCUCUCCCAAGCCGGAUCACUCCAUUAUGGCCUGAUCAGAGCCUUUCUUCUCCAUCCUUCUUACCUCCACAUGGUGGCUUCAGGGACUACUUUGUGUUGCCUCUGGAACCCAAGUACUGUUGUGAAUCUUGCCAUCUAGCCCUUUGCAACCCUAAGCAGACAGAAUGUGGUCACCGCUUCUGUGAGUCCUGUGUCCGGGACCUCCUCCGGGAAGCAACCCCAACCUGUCCUGUUGAUGGUGGACCUUUAUUUGAAGACAAGAUCUUUAAAGAUGUCUGCUGCGGUAGGGAGAUUAUGGGUCUCCGAGUUUUCUGCAGAAACGAAAGGAAUGGCUGCAAAGAACAGAUGACAUUGCAGCAACUAUUAGAACACUUGCAGGACUGCCCCUAUUAUGAGCUGCCUUGCCCCCGAGCAGAGUGCAAAGAAAAGCUUCUACGCAAGGAUGUGCCGGACCACUUAGCCAAACGGUGCAAAUACAGGGACACCAUAUGUCCUCACUGUAAGAAAACUGUUCUUCUAGCAGACCUGAAAAAACAUGAAGAAACAGUUUGUCCAGCUUUUCCUGUUUCCUGUCCUAACAAGUGCAGUUAUCCUUCUGUUUUAAGAAGCGAGCUAACAAGCCACCAACAUGAAUGCCCCAAUGCUCAAGUAAACUGUAUGUUUAGCCGCUAUGGGUGCAGCUUCAAGGGCUUGAAUCAAGAGUUGAAACUCCAUGAAGCCACAUGCAUGGCAGAGCACCUACGACUGAUGCUAGCUGGCAACUUUACAUUGGAGAAAAAGAUGGAGGAUAUUAAAAGUGAACUGCAUGAGAGAUACCUGGUGCUGCCAUCUCUGAACAGUCGAGUCACUGAAAUAGAGAACCGGUAUGAAGAGCUGCGAGAUAAGACCAAGCAGAUGGAACAGAAGAUCAGCAACAUACAGAAACUGCUGAGUUCCCACUCUGAGAAGAUGCGCGAGAUGGACGCUGAGCUACGGCUGUUGAGGCAGACCAAAGACGAAGUAGAUGCACUCAAGAACACAGUGGAGACAAUCCGCAAUCGAGUAGCAGUCCUAGAAGGGGGCAGCAGAGGGAAUUUUGCCCCUGUGCCACAUACUCUAGAGUCGCUCGUCUCCAGACAUGACGACAUGUUGAGUGUUCACGAGAUCAGGCUGGCCGACAUGGACCUGCGCUUCCAGGUGUUGGAGACGGCGAGUUACAACGGGACCUUAAUCUGGAAGAUCAGGGACUACAAGCGGCGGAAGCAGGAGGCCGUCGCAGGGAAGACUCUGUCACUGUACAGCCAACCCUUCUACACUGGCUACUUUGGUUAUAAGAUGUGUGCCAGGGUCUACCUCAAUGGGGAUGGCAUGGGCAAAGGCACACACCUCUCCCUGUUUUUUGUAGUGAUGCGCGGGGAGUAUGACGCUUUAUUGACGUGGCCCUUCAAACAGAAAGUCACCCUCAUGCUGAUGGAUCAGGGCCCUACCCGCAAGCACCUAUGUGACGCCUUUAAGCCAGACCCAAACAGCAGUAGCUUCAAGAGACCGGUGGGUGACAUGAACAUUGCAUCUGGGUGCCCGCUGUUUGUUUCUCAGCCAGUGCUGGAGAAUGGCUCAUACAUUAAAGACGACACCAUAUUUAUUAAAGUAGUUGUUGACACUUCAGACUUGCCAGAUCCUUGACCAGGCCUCGGGGCAACACAGAAUGGAUGACAUCUGAAGAAAACGCUGGCCUGGCUGAUCAGACGUGAGGAGCUGAAGGUCCUCCCAGGGAGCUGUGCUCGUACAGGCUGAUGUGUAUUUUUAUUUUUUAUUUUUUGCUUUGUUUUUAAGUUAUGGUCUGAGUGUCUAAAGUUAAGAAUGUCUUGUCAAGGCUGGAGCAGCAAAGUGCAGAGUAGGGAGAACAAAAGGAAAGGCAAACCAACAAAUA